AUGAGCCGGCUUUUAAGGGCAGCUUGCAGUGUUGUUACUCCUCAAUUGAGGAGUAACAGUCAUCUGGUGCAUAGAGGAAUAAGGAAUCUGUCCACUGGUAUUACAACAAAGUCAUUACUUAAACCCAACACCUUUAAGGCUCCCAUUAUACGGAUAUGCCACAGUCAAAGUCAACAGAUUGCCGUACAAGGAGAAAAGGCUGUGGGCAAAUGGUUGAUGGUUUGUGGUGGCAUGGUUUAUUUGGCUGUUGCCUUGGGUGGUGUUACCCGCCUCACCGAGUCGGGUUUAUCAAUGGUCACAUGGAAAUUGUUGGGUGAGAAAUUUCCCACCACACAGGCUGAGUGGGAAGAGGAAUUUAGGCUAUAUCAACAAUAUCCGGAAUUUAAGAUGAAAAAUCAAAACAUGACUGUGGAUGAAUUUAGACGCAUUUUCUGGAUGGAGUACAUACAUCGCAUGUGGGGUCGUGCCAUUGGUGCAGUGUUCUUGCUGCCAGCCAUUUACUUUUGGUCCAAGGGCCGUUUAAAUUCCACCACCAAGAAAUUUGUUUUACUUAUGGGCUCCUUGAUUGGAGCCCAAGGCCUAAUGGGUUGGUACAUGGUUAAAUCGGGUUUGGAAAAUCGUUUUGAAGAUGUCAAUGAUGUGCCACGUGUAUCACAACAUCGUCUUGCUGCCCAUUUGGGUGUUGCCUUUGUCCUUUACACUCUGUUCCUAUCACAGGGCCUUAAGAAGCUGUUGCCCGCCGAACAGUUCCCCACAGCCAGUUUGAGUACAUUGCGUUUUAAGCGAUUUGCCUAUGCUGCCAAGGGUUUAAUUUUCCUGACAGCCUUCUCUGGGGCAUUUGUAGCUGGUCUAGAUGCUGGUUUGGUUUAUAAUUCAUUCCCGAAAAUGGGCGAUAAAUGGUUACCCGAUGACCUGUUGGCAUUCCAACCGAUUAAUAAGAAUAUUACCGAGAAUCCUACAACGGUACAAUUCAAUCAUCGCAUUUUAGGUGUUACCACAUUGACAUUAGUCUCUGCCAUGUGGUUGUUGUCGAGACGCACUAGAUUACCCAAACGGGCCUAUUGGGCCAUGAAUUCUGCCGCCUUGGUGGCAUGGCUACAGGUCACUUUGGGUAUUAGCACUUUGCUGAAUCAUGUCCCCGUGCAUUUGGCUGCCGCCCAUCAAUCGGGUUCAUUGUUGUUGCUCUCGUUUGCCGUUUGGCUUUGCCAUGAAAUGAGAUAUUUGAAGUACUUACCUAAAUAG